AUGGAUUACGCUUAUCAAUUUGCUUCGGACGAGGUUUAUACACUUGUGAAUAUGCAGAUUGGCUUUGGUUCAGCGACCGCUUUUCUGGGUGCUGUCGCAGUCGUCGCCACGGCCAUUCGAGCAAGUCGCUGUGGCCUGUACCAUAUAUAUCUCACGAGUGCUCUGGCUGGUCUAUUCUAUCUUAUAAAAGGGGGUAUGCAGGCCGGUGUUGGAGGAUCUCUACUUUCAAUCUUAAACGGUAACUUUGAUGAGGGAAGCGUUGUACAGUUGAACUAUGCAUACGAGUUCUUCCUAGCAGCAACCGUACCUAUUUCGUGGAUCCCUCUCUUUGCUAUCUACCAGAAAAUAUCAUCCUCCCCAGAAACUCAAGGCUUCAAGGGUCUCCUGAAUGUUAAGAUGCUUUGUAUUACCCUUUCAUAUCUCUGGGCUCUUAUUAUCAUCGUUUCUGAUAUCGGCGCGCUUGGAACUCUGAGCAAUACUAAGGAAUACACUUAUGGCACGUACGAAAGCCUCUUAACAGCUGCACGCGCCAUUCAGUUUGCUGCCUUUGGUACAUGGAUGUUUCCAUUCCUUGCUGCUAUUCAGGCGUAUAUAUCAUUUGAUAAAGUCCGUCACAUCUUUGUCUCGCUCGCUACAUACCAAUUCCUUCUUCUUAUUGUGGUCAUCGGACGUACUAUCUCGGGUACAGCCACUUCUGGAUCGGUGAAGGUGUACCUCACAUUUCUGUUCCUCUUGAUUGAUGUCGCGGGUGUUGCUGCGAUUUUCGUGGCCGUCAAGUACGGAACUACCUGGAUCAAAGAUACCAUCAGUUCGGAAAAUCAUCUGUCCAAUGUUACCGAAACUGAAAUUGAAUCACAACCUAUGGAGGAAAUUAAAUAG